GCCAUCUGUUAAUCCUCUUCUUGACCUUAAUUCCAUGGCUUCCCUUUCAACUUCAGCCACCCUUCUUCUUCCAUCUAGACUUCAAUCCAACCAGUUCACCAUGGCUGGAAAAAGUAGAGUAAUUGUCAUCCUCAAGUCACACUCAAGAUCAUCCCACUGCUUCAACACCAAAAUUUCAUGUUCUGCUGCUCUACCACAGACUCUCAAAAUAGUGCAGACCACCAUUGCCAAGCAAUUGUCGGUCGAUGAGAACACAGUCGCCCCAGCAACCAAAUUCGCUGAUCUUGGUGCUGACUCUCUCGACACCGUGGAGAUUAUGAUGGCUUUGGAAGAACAGUUUGGAGUCUCGAUUGGAGAAAGUGGAGCUGAGAACAUCUCUACAGUUCAAGAUGCUGCUGAUUUAAUUGAGAAAGUAAAAGCAGCUGAGACGACUAAUUAAUGAAGCUAGUUGGUUAAUUUGUCUGAAUUAUGUCAAGAUUAUUCGUAUCAUCUUUCUUCUUUUUUUCUGGGUUUGAAUCUAGACCACCCAAAGUAGUAAUAAAUGGA